UAGAGGGACACUUUUUUUUUCUCUUCACAAACUUUACUGAAUCCAUCGUUCUAUCCACAAUUCUUCUCUCUCAAGGUGACUGAUACCAAGGACUGAUCUUCCACGAAUUACACUGUGAAAGACUGAUCUUCGACUGACGAAUUCCUUGUGUUACUCUCUCUACUCUUUCUAAGUUUCUCACUUUCUUACGAGCUUUCCUGAAACUUUUAUUCCCUGGAUUCGGCAUCAAAUAAAGUUUGAACUGUGACAGACUGAUUCAUGGAUUCCAUUGAAGUAUCACUUGUAAAAAUGCUGGAUUCCAUUGAAGUAUUUUAUUACUUGUAAAAAUCUGAGCUUUUUGGAUUCCAGAAGUUCCCCUUGGAUAAAAUUGAAGGAUGGCUGUGAUGUCUUUGGAGAGUUUACCCCCUGGCUUCAGGUUUGGACCCACUGAUGAAGAGCUCGUUUCAUACUACCUCAGAAGGAAGAUUAAUGGAGGACGGGGUGUGCAGGUUAUACCAGAAGUUGACAUGUGCAAGUGCGAGCCAUGGGAUUUGCCAGGCAAGUCCAUAAUUAAAAAUCAAGAUCCAGAGUGGUUCUUCUUCUGCCCCCGUGAUAGGAAGUACCCAAAUGGGCGGCGAUCUAAUAGAGCCACUAAAGCUGGUUACUGGAAAGCAACAGGAAACGACCGACCAAUCAAAUCAAAGUCUCAUGGGUCGAGGUCAGAUCUGAUUGGUACAAAGAAAACGCUGGUUUUCCAUGAGGGACGUGCUCCCCAUGGAAAAAAAACUCAUUGGAUAGUGCAUGAGUACCGUGCUAAUGGAAAUGCUUUUCAGGAUUUGAAUGGCUCUCAGGAUGCCUAUGUCUUAUGGCGCCUUUUCAAGAAGGAUGGUUUAAAUGAGAAGAGGGAUGAUCCAAGCUAUGAUGGGGUGGAGCUGAGUGACUUAUCGCCUGACCCUAGCAAGUCUUCUACUGGUGGGGUGGUGAUAGAUGGAGAACAUGGAGACCAAUUAGACCAGACCUCAAAGUUGGAAGUUAAGGAGACAAAUGUGCAAGAAACCUCAUCACCUAAAAUGAGGGAUUCAGACUAUGUAAAUAAAGUUUUGGAAGAUAUGCUGGCUACUGAUGAUUCUCUCCAACCAAUUGAGAGCCAGCAGCACUAUAAGGGUGAUGAAGAGCAGGAAGCCUCAGAAUUAUUUCACGUUCCUAACAAUGAGCCACUUGUUCUUGAAAAUCAUGUGCCUCCCUCAUCUAGCUUUUGUAGUAAUCUUGGCACAUUUGAUGAUGGGGGUUUGGAAGUGAGCACAGCGAACUGGGAUGGGUUAGGUCUUGUUAAUUCGCACGGACCCUCUUCUGUCCCAAGUGCUGAAUCUUUUGAUGAAUUUGAUUAUCUUAUAGAUUUUGAUGAAGAUCAUCUGGGAGAAAGGGAUGGUGGUCAUAAUCCUUCAAUUAACACUAUAGGUCAUGGUCAGUCUGGAAUUGUGAUAAGAGAGCGUCAACCUGGUCCUAGGUACAACCCACCAGUUUUUCCAUUCCAGGGCACUGCAUUGAGGAGGAUUUGCCUACAAAAGCUAAGUAAUGGACGAGCGUUCUAUGAGGCAGAAAAAGAGAAGGAGAGAGAGAAGGACAGAGGCACGUUGGCUGCUGUGCUCUUGGGCUUGGAGGAUAAGACUGAGAUGUCAGUUCAAGUGAAAGAUGCUCCUCCGGUUAUACAGUUGCAAGCCGCAGAAGUUCAGGAAGGUCUGCAACAUGAGAGCUACCCAUGUGUUGCCCAAAUCAAAUUAAUUCAACCUGUGCGUCGUCGAGCCAAGAAAGUUCUUCGUAGAAGCCCAACGAGGGCCAUGGGUGCUGAUCCUUUGGAGGAGAGAAAAGUGGGCGCUGAUCCUUUGGAGGAGAGAAAAGUAGUUGAGAGAUAUAUGCCGCCCACGUGUAGAAUAAUACUUUUACCUGAUUCUGACUUAGAAAGCAGCAACAAGAAAGGCAUGGUGGAGAUGGUACCAGUCGCCCUGAAUGUCAAUGUAGAAGAAAUCGACACCAACUCAAGUAGAGGCAUCACUGAACCCAAUCCAUUGCGAAUACCAAAAUCCUUGAAGAUAGUUUGUGCUUCGGCUCUUGCUAUCUUUGCAAUACUGCUUGUUACGGUUCUUAGCUUUGUCAAGGUUUUCUUCACCUAUUCAAAAUCAUCGAUCUCUGUUGUUUUAUGACAUGAUAGCUAUAUGCUUCACUGUGUUGGGCAUUGUGCAGUUAACAAACUUAAAAAUAUCAUUUUAGAUUUUGUAAAUUUUUCUGUACCUUGCCUAGUUUAGUUAGGAGUCCUUCAAGCCUUGAAUGCAUGCCCUCCAAGAAGCCGAACCCAUGUGCAGUUUUGUUUACAUGAUGUUUGUAGCGCAAUGCUUUUUCAACCAUGUUGUGGCCAAUGUUAUGUAAUUAGUGGCGAUUAAUUGUCAUGCAUUACUCUGUUGUUUGGAGGUCAUGUGUGCUUCGAGUGGAAUGAAACCUACUUUUUUUAGACAAUAAAUGAAACAAAAUUUGGGA